CCCUGUCAACAUAGCAAUAUUUCCCUGUCAACAUAGCAAUAUUUCCCUGUCAUUAUAGCAAUAUUUCCCUGGGAUCGCAGUAGUAUUUGGUGUGUUAUGAGGCAGCAGGAAGUGAUAUAGGUGGGUGGUGGGUGUACGGUGAGCAGUUAUCUGCUCAUGUGACUGGCACGCACACCUGCACCAUGUGCUGGCAUCUUGCUACACUCUCCACCAUUAUUAUUAUACAAGCGGUUCUCCCUGUCAAUGAUGGCGUCGAGGAGAAAAUGUUUUCAAAUGCUGUGUGGAACGAAGCUACUAUAUUUGAUUUCAUCGAAGAUGAUAUCUUCUUUGAAGUGCUCUAUCCUGAAGAGCUGAGCUAUACUUACCGCCUCCGUCAAGCAAAAAAUUUUGGUAUUCCAUUUAAUUUUCAGAAACGUGAAUAUAAAGAAGUUCGGCUGGUGCUGGCUGAUCCUUUGGAAUGUUGUUCAGUUCCUUAUAAUGCAUUUGAACUUCUUGGGGCCGUCGCUUUAGUAUCAAGGGGGGAUUGUUCAUUUGUAAGUAAAGCAGUGAAAGCUGAAGAGGCUGGUGCACUUGCUGUUAUAGUGAUGGAUAACAACCCUGAUAAUGAUGAGCUCUAUAUCGAGAUGGUGGACGAUAAUACUAACAGAGAACCAAAAAUACCUGCAGCUUUUCUUUUAGGUAGAAGUGGAUGUACAGGAGGGCCCUGUUUAACAGCAGGUUAGGUUCCAGGCUACUGCUGUAGAGUGAAAAUCACUUGCAAAUGCACAUAAAAGCCUAAUAACAUGCUCACUUAGUACACCUACCAUCCGAUUUAUGACCAAGCUUGGUUCCGACCAACCGGUUGUAAGUCGAAAUGGAUGCAAGUCGAACCUUUGAAAAUUGGCGACAUAUUGGGUAGGGCAUAAUGUCAAAACUUUUCCUAUAUAAACUACCUACAUAAUACUGUGAUGUAAUGUACAAUCAUUAUUUCAUUCUUUUUACCAUAAUUUACUAAUAUUGUUGUAUUUUAAUUAUUUAUGUACUGUAUAUAAUGUAUACAUGGUAGUGAUAUGUACGUAUUGUAAAUUUUACAUCGCAUACAGUAUCAUAUGUUACUAUUAUCUUUAUGUAUUGUCGACACAGUGGAAUGGGACAAUACCACUGGUAGUGUCAU